UUGACCACCAACCAUUCUGUAGCAGGUAAUCAGUGAGAAUUGGUGACAGUGGCCACCGUGCUCGACAUCUCUCCACUAUCGGUUUAUGGAAAGUGGUGUUUGAGGCGGAUGAGAAAAUGGCGGCUUCCUGGGCGGCAUGAGAACAUGUAGCUUUUUCUCAUUUUUAUUUAGAAUUAUCCCGGGUUCAAAUAAUUAAAUUGAGUCCCGCUCUCGAGACUUCUGAUUAAAGUUACAACUUACGAAGAAACUGAAUCUACCGGCACCAUGGCAUCUGGGACCUCUGGCUCAGUUCUGCAGCCCCGGUGGAAGCGGGUGUUGGGUUGGUCCGGCCCUGUCCCUCGGCCCCGACACGGACAUCGUGCAGUUGCAAUCAAAGAAUUGAUGGUCGUUUUCGGGGGAGGAAAUGAAGGAAUUGUGGAUGAACUGCACGUGUAUAACACAGCAACCAAUCAGUGGUUCAUUCCUGCUGUCCGUGGCGACAUCCCGCCUGGCUGUGCUGCGUAUGGGUUCGUGUGCGACGGUACCAGGCUGCUGGUGUUUGGAGGGAUGGUGGAAUAUGGCAAAUACAGCAACGAUCUGUAUGAACUGCAGGCCAGUCGCUGGGAGUGGAAGCGUCUGAAACCCAAGUCUCCUAAGAACGGCCCUCCUCCCUGUCCCCGCCUGGGACACAGCUUCUCCCUGGUAGGGAACAAAUGCUUCCUGUUCGGAGGACUGGCUAACGACAGUGAGGACCCCAAGAACAACAUCCCCAGAUACCUGAAUGAUCUGUAUACGUUGGAGCUGCGUGCCGGCUCCAGUGUAGUAGGCUGGGACAUCCCCAUCACCUACGGGGUGUUGCCCCCACCCAGAGAGAGUCACACUGCCGUGGUCUACACAGAGAAGACCUCUAGCAAGUCCCGUCUGGUCAUCUAUGGGGGUAUGAGCGGCUGUCGACUGGGGGAUUUGUGGACCCUAGAUAUAGACACCCUGACAUGGAAUAAACCGUCGAUCAACGGGACAGCUCCUCUUCCCCGCAGUCUCCACUCUGCCACAACCAUCACCAACAAGAUGUACGUUUUCGGAGGCUGGGUUCCCCUGGUGAUGGAUGACGUCAAAGUAGCGACACACGAAAAGGAGUGGAAGUGCACCAACACACUGGCCUGUCUCAACCUAGACUCGAUGGCGUGGGAGUCGGUGCUGAUGGAUUCUCUAGAAGAUAACAUCCCCAGGGCCAGGGCCGGUCACUGCUCCGUGGCCAUCAACUCACGCCUCUACGUCUGGAGCGGCCGGGACGGAUACCGCAAGGCCUGGAACAACCAGGUGUGCUGUAAGGACCUCUGGUACCUGGAGACAGAGAAGCCCCGCCCCCCGUCACGGGUGCAGCUUGUGAGAGCCAAUACCAGUAGCCUGGAGGUGAGCUGGGGGGCGGUACCUACCGCAGACACCUACCUGUUGCAGCUGCAGAAGUACGAUAUCCCCCCCGCCUCAGCCACCACCACACCCGGUGUCAGCCCCGCGACGUCACUACCGGUCAACUCCCCCAAGAGCCCUGUCACAGCCUCCGCAGCGUCCGCACAGGUCCAGCCUCUCCAGGGCAUAACGCUGGUCCCCUCCCCCACCACCACCAUGCCUGGGAGUCCACUGGCUGCUGCGAAUGCACGCGGGCCAGCUAUCCUGAAGGUGUCUGCUCCCCACGCCACCACAGGCACCUCCAUCGUCACGGUGAGACAGGCCAACCAGGGCGGGAAAUCUCCCGUAACGGUGACAUCACUUCCUGCCGGGGUCCGCAUGGUGGUGCCGGCCCAGGGUGUACAGGGAACGGUAAAGGACUUACUGUGGUCUAUCUUCCACCUCUAUCUUGACCUCCCGACCCCUAACCCUGAACCCCCUCUAUCGGCCUUCCUUUUCAACCAGACUAAAGGUCCCCUCCCGGCGGGCACCAUCCUGAAGCUGGUGACAUCAGCGGACGGAAAGCCCACCACGAUCAUCACUACGUCCCAGGCUGGGACCGCGGGGGGAAAGCCCACCAUCUUAUCUUACAGCGGCAUGCCCACCGCCACCAAGCCUGGCACGCACAUCAUCAAGACCAUACCCAUGUCUGCCAUCGGACAAGCGGGAGUGACAGGAAGUGGUAUGAAGUCACCCAUUACCAUUAUCACCACUAAGAUGAUGACACCAGGCACCGGGACACCAGGCAAGAUCAUCAGCGCUAUGCCCAGAGCUGGGCCUGGUCAGCAGGGACUCACACAGGUGGUACUGAAGGGUGCCCCUGGACAACCCGGGACUAUUUUACGGACAGUCCCCAUGGGAGGAGUACGUCUCGUCUCCCCGGUUACCGUUUCCGGUGUCAAACCUAACGUCACCACCCUCGUUGUCAAGGGAACCACAGGUGUGACAACGUUUGGUACGGUGACUGGUACGGUGUCUUCGAGCCUGGCGGGUGGAAGCGUUGCCACGGCUACUCCCAUCACCACCUUGGGCACCAUGACCGCUCUGCCUGGACAGGUCACCGUCUCCGCAGCUCAGGCGGGAGCUCAGCCCACUCAGGUGACCCUAAUCACGACCCCCAGUGGUGUGGAUGCUCAGCCUGUCCACGACCUCCCGGUCUCCAUCCUGUCCUCCCCCACCUCCGCCGAACCCUCGUCCACCCAGCCCGAGGCAGGCGACCCAGGAACGGUAACCCUGGUCUGCUCAAACCCACCCUGCGAGACCCACGAGACUGGCACCACCAAUACAGCGACCACAGCCUCCGCUAACAUGACUGGUAAUGGUGGGGUGGAGCGGGUGUGUUCAAACCCGCCGUGUGAAACCCACGAAACCGGCACCACCAAUACUCAAACGACGGCGUCCUCCAACAUGGGCCAGGUACAGCAGGUGUGCACCAACCCGCCGUCAGAGACCCACGAUACAGGUACCACCAACACCCAGACGACGGCGUCCUCCAACAUGGGCCAGGUACAGCAGGUGUGCACCAACCCGCCGUCAGAGACCCACGAUACAGGUACCACCAACACCCAGACGACCGCCAGCUGUAACAUGGGAUCCAACCAGCAACAACAACAGGGCUCCUGCGUAAUCGACAACACCAGCGGGUCUGAUCCCCCGUCCUCUCCGCCCCCCUCCUCCGGAGCCCUCUCCCCGUCGUCUGUCUCUGGUACCAGCUCUGUGCCCGGGGUGCUACGACCGGAGACUCUGAGAACAGGGACCACUUACACCUCGACCACCGCACGCUCUAACAUGGGCUCUGACAAGAUGGGCAUGACGCUCAGCUCCUCGUCCUCAGAUAACCAGAGCAAGUCAUCCGGUGGUGGUGGAGGAGGAUCCCCCCUCACCUCUCCUGUCUGCUCCAGUCCACCUUGUGAAACACACCAGACAAGCCCCACUGAGGCCGGAGCUGGAGGCAGCAGCGACACACAGGUCUGCUCCAAUCCACCUUGUGAAACACACGAGACUGGCACUACCACUACGUCGACGCAGGCCGACUCCAGUAUGGGCAACGGGCAGACUACAGGGACAGUGCAGAGGGUGUGUUCCAACCCGCCGUGUGAAACGCACGAAACGGGCACCACCAACACCCCGUCUCAGACUACGUCCAACCUGGCGGGGACGGGGACAGGCACGGUCCAGAGGGUGUGUUCCAAUCCGCCGUGUGAAACGCACGAGACUGGCACCACCAACACGGCUACGACAGCCCAGCCUGGUGACUCGACACAGGGAGACAACGGAACUACAGAGGCUCCCUCGUCGUCCUCGGUAACCACAGAGUCCAGCGCCGUGGUGGCGUCUGGUCGAGCAGUUACCACGGUUACCCAGUCCACACCCACACCUGGACCCUCCGUACCUGAGAUCUCGUCGAUGUCUGGGUCGUCUGAGGCGAUGGUAGCGGCAUGUAUAGAGGGAGAGGAGGCCAUGCAGACCGACUGUCUCCCAGAGGGCACAGUAAGGGUCGUGACCCUGGAGGAGGCUGCUGCAGCUGGGAUACAGGUCCAUGUGGAGGGCAUGGAGGAACAGAACCAGGGGGAGCAGGAGGGCCUUCCUGCGGAGCUGAUGUCUGAAGGUGGCUCGGGGGGGCAGCAGACCCUGAUGGUGACGGGUUUAACCCCCGAGGAGCUGGCUGUUACCGCUGCAGCCGAGGAGGCGGCACAACACGCUGCUGCCGAGGAGGCUAACGCCCAGGCCAUGGCCAUACAGGCUGUCCUGCAGGCGGCACAGCACGCUGUCAUGAAUGAAGGAGACAGUGGCCAGGAGGGCCAGCAUCAAAACAUCCCCAUUGUGUUGACUCAGGCUGAGCUGGCAGCCCUGGUACAACAACAACAACAGCUACAGGAAGCCCAGGCCCUGGCGCAGGCGGCGGCGGCAGCAGCAGCGGCACAACACAACCAGCCCACCGAGGGCCUGGCCCCAGCAGACAGCCUGAACGACCCAGCGUCAGAGAGUAACGGCCAGGAGCUGGCUGCAGCAGUGACCCAGGCUGUGGCCCGGCUAGCCCCAACCUGCACCAUGGUGGUGACAAACCCAGCUAAGACUCAGCCCAUGAUGGUGGCUAUCCCGGCUAAGACUCAGCCCAUGAUGGUGGCUAUCCCGGCUAAGACUCAGCCCAUGAUGGUGGCCAGCCCGGCUAAGACUCAGCCCAUGAUGGUGGCCAGCCCGACUAAGACUCAGCCCAUGAUGGUGGCCAGCCCGGCUAAGACUCAGCCCAUGAUGGUGGCCAGCACGGCUAAGACUCAGACCAUGAUGGUGGCCAGUCCGGCUAAGAUGCAGGCAGCUGCGACCCUGGCAGAGGUGGCUAACGGCAUAGAGUCAGCUGCAGGGAGGCAAGGAGCUCCUCCUGCGGUGGCCAAAGCCCCGGUGAAGAAAGACAACCAGUGGUUUGACGUUGGCAUCGUCAAGGUGACCAACACCGUGGUCACACACUACUACUUGCCCACUGACGACCAAGCCACUGUCGAUGAUGACUCCGGGGCGAUCCCAGACUACAGUCAAAUGAAGAAGAUGGAUCUCCAGCCAGGGACGGCCUAUAAAUUCAGAGUGGCCGGGAUCAACACAUGUGGCCGGGGGAACUUCUCAGAGGUCUCAGCCUUCAAGACGUGUCUACCAGGCUUCCCCGGAGCUCCCUGUGCUAUCAAGAUCAGCAAGAGCCCAGACGGCGCCCACCUGACCUGGGAGCCCCCGUCGGUCACAUCUGGUAAGAUCAUUGAGUACUCGGUGUACCUGGCCAUCCAGAGCGCCCAGAGCGGGGAGCAGGCCAAGCCCACCACCACCACCACCCCAGCCCAGCUGGCUUUUAUGCGGGUGUUCUGUGGGCCUAACCCCUCCUGCCUGGUGCAGUCGUCCAGCCUCUCCAACGCACACAUAGACUACACUACCAAGCCUGCCAUCAUCUUCCGCAUCGCAGCCCGCAACGAGAAGGGCUACGGCCCUGCCACGCAGGUCAGGUGGCUCCAAGAGGUAGGUAAAGAUGGCGUUGCAGCUAAACCUACUGCUAAGAGACCAGGCUCCUCGCCUGACAUGAAAGCUGCUGGUCCAAAGAAGGCCAGAUCAGACCAGUAAAGGGGGUUUCCUUGUUGUCCCAUGAUGAUUAUGACUGAGCUGAAUACAAUACCUUCCUACUGAAUACAACACCACAGCCUCAACCAAGCCCCCCCACCAACACCCCUCACCAACUAUCUACAGUAUCCUUGCCUCAACCUCAGUCCCCAAACCUGGACCCAGACCGGUCCCCCCCCCCCCCCCCCCCCCCCCCCAAAAAACUACCUAUUAUUUACAAAAUGGCCGCAAGAAAACCCCAGAUGAAAAUAAUCCCAGAGCCCUGCCCUCAUCACUAGAGGUUGUGGUGCCACGGACACCUUGUCUCAACCUCGUGUUCUUCAUUGGUUUAUUACGGAUCUUCUGUUAAAACGGUUGAAAGCACAUAAUUACAUUUUUCUUGCUUUUUUUUCUUUUUCUUUUUGUGAUUUUCGGUGAAAUCAAAAAAACAAAACAAAAAAAACUGUUGAGUCCGCUUUAACUGUAGUUGCUCUAGCUAGUUCUUUUAGUCUCUGGCCUUUUCCCCCCCAUCUCACGGUUUAUCAACACAAGCAAUACACAGCACAAAUAGCUGUGUAUGUCCUAUGACAUUUGCGUGUCGGUUCGAUUGGUCACAUUUUAGAAGGAUCGGAUGGUUGCUAUAGUAGACGGUUGGAACAGAAGAACACGGCGUCACCACGUUGUCAUGGGGAGAAAAACACACCGAUGGAAAACAGACAGCACUUGGGGAGGACAGAGUGUUUCUCCAUUGAAGGGGGAAUCGUCAUCGACCGAUUUAAGACUCCGUAUUUGUCCUGGCUAUCGUCUUGCUUUGUGACAUGACAUCACUGUGUUCAUGCGUACCCACGUCACAGGGUGUAAAGGAACAAGAGUUUCACUCAAGUAAAGAAAAAAGAAAGUUUUUUUUUUUUUGGUGUAGGUUUUAGGAGGCUACUUUAUUCUCUCGUCUGUUUCCUUUCGUUGGAGGAUGUGUGGACACUGACUGACUGCCAGCCAGGGUGAAAAGUACAAUUUUUUUUACAGCCCUAUUCGACAGGUAAUUUGACACUUAUUUCAGAAUUGGUGGUCUAAUGAACCGUUAAAUAAGGACUUUUUGUACUUGCUCUGCUGCGGAAGAUGAAAGAACAGAACGCAAGAUUUGACUGAAAGAGGCGAUUGGAUGUUUUGUUUUUGUUUACUUUCAGUUUUUUUAGUUUUUUUAUUAAAGGAAUUGAUUUGCAGAAGAAAAGCUUAUUUUCACCGGCCCUCCUCCUCCUCCUCGUCUCUACCUGUUGAUAGUCCAUAGAAUGCAUUUGUUGACAUCUAUGGAAUUUAGAAGGUUAUUUAUCCAAGCCUUGUUUUUAGAGUUCUGAGAAAUAACUGGGAUAUUUUCUGCCCCCCCCCCCCCCCCCCCC